AUGAAGACGAAAGUGAGGGAAAGGUUUAAUAGGAACGAGGCUAUUAACUGGGCGAACCUGUUUAAGUUCUUACUGAUUGGGAUGAUUGUGUUUCUGGCAUUGGUUUGUCUCUAUAAAGGCUCCCUCUCUGCUCCGCGGCUUACCGGGGAUGAAGAUGCAGUGGAAGAAGGCGUGGAUCCGGUAACCGGAACUUUGGCUCGCGAGAAGGGGCAUUACUCGGAUGAUGAGUGGCAUGAAAUCGACGAGAAUUAUCCUCAAGUUCCGAGGAGCAUUCCUGUAUGCGAUUUGAAGUAUUCGGAAUUGAUCCCAUGCUUGGAUAGGAAUCUGAUAUAUCAGCUCAAGUUGAGACCUAAUUUAACUUUGAUGGAGCAUUACGAACGGCACUGUCCUCCGCCUGAGCGGAGAUAUAAUUGCAUCAUCCCGCCCCCAAUGGGUUACAAGAUUCCAAUCAAAUGGCCAGCCAGUCGGGACCAAGUAUGGAAAGCUAACAUACCUCAUACACAUCUUGCUCAAGAGAAGUCUGAUCAAAACUGGAUGGUGGUUGAUGGGGAAAAGAUUAGGUUUCCUGGUGGAGGUACCCAUUUCCAUGAUGGAGCAGGCAAAUACAUCACCGCAAUUGCCUCGAUGCUCAAGUUUCCAGCUGAAAAGCUGAGCAAUGGAGGAAGUAUUCGCAAUGUCCUUGACGUGGGUUGUGGAGUUGCAAGUUUUGGAGCGUAUCUUCUUCCUCUUGACAUCAUAGCUAUGUCGCUGGCCCCCAAUGAUGUGCAUGAGAAUCAAAUACAAUUUGCAUUGGAGAGGGGCAUACCAUCUACUUUGGGUGUCUUGGGCACUAAAAGAUUACCAUAUCCUAGCAGAUCAUUCGAAUUGGCUCAUUGUUCCCGUUGUCGGAUUGAUUGGCUUCAGAGGGAUGGAAUCCUCUUGUUAGAAUUGGACCGGUUGUUGAGACCUGGAGGUUACUUCGUCUACUCUUCGCCUGAAGCUUAUGCCCACGACGAGGAAAAUAGAAGAAUUUGGAACGCAAUGUCUGAUCUAUUGAGACGAAUGUGCUGGAGAGUUGUCUCAAGGAGGGAUCAAACUGUUAUAUGGGCCAAGCCUUUGAGUAACAGUUGUUAUAAGAGAAGAAAUCCUGGGACCAAACCUCCUUUGUGUAGCUCUGAUGAUGAUCCAGAUGCUACUUGGAAUGUACUUAUGAAGGCUUGCAUCACACCAUACUCUGCUAGGAUGCACAAGGAGAGAGGAAGUGGAUUAGAACCUUGGCCGAAAAGGCUUACAGCUCCUCCUCCGCGGCUCGGAGAAAUUGGUGUUAGUCCUGAGGAGUUUCAGCAAGAUACAAUCAUAUGGCGUGAUAGAGUCGCUGAAUACUGGAAACAAAUGGAGUCUCUGAUGCAGAGAAAUUCAUUUAGAAAUGUGAUGGACAUGAACUCAAACCUUGGUGGAUUUUCUGCGGCCCUAAGAGACAAGGACCUCUGGGUGAUGAAUGUUGCAUCAGUUAAUGCAUCUUCAAAGUUGGCGAUAAUUUAUGACAGAGGCCUAAUAGGCACUGUUCAUGACUGGUGUGAAUCAUUUUCAACCUACCCACGCACAUAUGACCUACUUCAUGCAUGGGCAGUGUUCUCGGAAAUUAAGGAGCAAGGAUGUAGUUCUGAAGAUCUUCUGAUUGAGAUGGACAGAAUACUACGGCCUGGAGGGAUUGUGAUUAUAAGAGACAAACCUUCCAUAAUAGAUUUUACACGAAAGUUAUUGACUGCCUUAAAGUGGGAUGGGUGGGUUUCUGAGGCAACAAAGACGCUGGACUCUCAGAAGAUGGCUGCAUUGAAUAGCAAAAUCGAGGAUAGGCAGUCCGUCUCGCCUGACUCAGAUUCUUCUUCUCCAAGGCAUUUCACACCUAAGUUGCCUUUCAUUAUCGGUGUUGCUGGUGGGACUGCAUCUGGCAAAACGACUGUUUGUAAUAUGAUCAUUUCGCAACUUCACGAUCAGCGAGUUGUUCUUGUCAAUCAAGAUUCAUUUUAUCAUUCUUUGAGUGAGGAGAAGAUUAGCACAGUUCAGGACUACAACUUUGAUCAUCCUGAUGCCUUUAAUACGGAGCUUAUGCUUUCGUGCUUUGAGAAGUUAAAACUUGGGCAAGCUGUCGAUAUCCCCAAUUAUGAUUUCAAAACCCACAAGAGCAUUUCACCAGCGCGUAAGGUCAAUCCCUCGGAUGUCAUCAUUUUAGAAGGGAUCCUAAUUUUUCAUAAUCCCCAUGUUAGAGACCUGAUGAACAUGAAGAUAUUUGUCGACACAGAUGCUGAUGUACGGCUUUCAAGGAGGAUACAGCGUGAUAUCGUUGAAAGGGGAAGAGAUAUUCAGAAUGUGCUUGAUCAAUAUGCUAAAUUUGUCAAGCCAAGUUUUGAGGAAUUCAUUCUUCCGACAAUGAAGUAUGCUGAUGUUAUAAUCCCUCGUGGAGCAGACAAUGAAGUUGCAAUUGAUCUGAUCGUUCAACACAUACAUACAAAACUUGGCCAGCACGACCUUUGCAAAAUAUACCCAAACUUAUUUGUUAUAUAUUCUACCUUUCAGAUACGUGGGAUGCACACGAUCAUACGUGAUGCCAAAACUAAUAAGCAUGACUUUGUCUUUUAUUCAGACCGGCUUAUUCGACUGGUUGUAGAGCAUGGUUUAGGUCACCUUCCAUUUACUGAAAAGCAGAUUGUCACUCCCACAGGAUCCGUAUAUACUGGAGUGGUUUUCUGUAAGAGACUGUGUGGCGUUUCAGUAAUCAGAAGUGGUGAAAGCAUGGAAAAUGCUCUUCGAGCAUGUUGUAAAGGAAUCAAAAUUGGCAAAAUUCUAAUUCACGGAGAGCGUAACAAUGGUCGACAGGUUUGGAACAAACAAGCUCUCUCUCAUCCUUUUCUUUCCAAGUAGUUCUCUCCAUGACACCAUUAAUUGCUUGCAGUUGAUCUACGAGAAAUUACCUGCUGACAUUGCAAGCCGCCAUGUCCUACUGCUUGACCCAGUUCUGGCUUCAGGGUAUUCUGCAGUCAAAGCUAUAUCUGUGCUGCUCAGCAAGGGCGUACCAGAAUCCAACAUCAUCUUCCUCAACCUAAUAGCGGUUAAAAAAUUCGUUUCGUUUCAUUGGUCAAUUCCUGCAACAUCAACUUUCAGUCGGACUUAGAUGCUAUUGAAUACUGAAUUAUAGUACUAUGCAUACAUGCAGGCUCCCGAGGGAAUACAUGCUGUGUGUAAACAGUUUCCUAGGCUGAAGAUAGUGACAUCAGAGAUUGACGUCUCCCUAAAUGAGGAUAUGCAAGUUAUGCCCGGCAUGGGUGAGUUUGGAGAUAGAUACUUUGGCACUGGUGCAGGGUGAUGGAUGAUCAUAAACUGAAAUCAGAUCAAAGCCUCCAUUUUUGCUUGAAAUUCUGACUUAGCUAUUUUCUUCUACAUUGGGUAUACUUUCCUUUCAAUUUUAUUCGUGGCGGCGUAAAUGUAGUCCUGAGUUCUAUUAUCUUCCUAUGAGUUUUUGAGAACUGAAGGGAAGAUAACUGCAUGUCUGGUACUGCAGCAGACUCCCAUGGAAUCAAAUUUAUUCUUUUGAAUAGUAGGCCAUUGAAUUUAAUUCUCGAAUGUCAUCUACUUUGGCAAAGCAUUUACCAUCGACUAUUGGUCUAUUGGAGGCACUUCUGCUGUGCAUUUGGUUAACU